AUGGCGCAAGUAAUAACAAACGGCCGCCAGACCGGCUCCGAGAUCGACCCGCUCCUGCCGGCGGCGGCCAGCGGCCAACGCACCAUCGGCUACUCCAACGGCUUUUCCAACGGCUUUUCGAAUGGCUCGUCUAGCAGCUCGACGACCGGCGUGCCCGGCGAUACUGCCAACGCAACCGACAACGACGAUGCCGCCAGCCGAAGCAGCGCUCGCAGGCGCCUGUCCGACGCCUCCUCGGCGGCCAACUCGCACCUCCUGACCCCCGGCCGCACCUACGCCAUUGUCUUCAGCAUGUGGGUGCUCAUCUUCCUCCAGGCCAGCAACGUGAGCGGCAUGACCAUGGCCCAGUCUGCCGUCGCCGCCGACCUCAACGCCUACGAGCACGCCAUGUGGUUCACGAGCGCCUACCUCAUCUCGUCCGCGUCGUUUGCGCCCGUCAUCGGCCGCCUGGCCACCGUGUUUGCGCCCUCGCACCUCAUCGCCGCCUCCAGCCUGUGCUUUGCCGUGGGUGCCGUCGUGACGGCCUACGCCCAAUCUCUCCUCAUCUUCUUGCUGGGACGUGCCAUUGUCGGCUUGGGCGCUGCGGGCACCAUGUCCCUGACGCUGAUUGCGGUGCUGCAGUUUACCAGCAGGCGCCGCCGGGGCCUUUUUGUCGGCCUCGCCAACGCUGGCUUCACCAUUGGCCUGUCGUCGGGUGCCAUCGUGUACGGUGCCCUGCAGGCGGCCAUGGGCUGGCGCAUGCUGUUUUUGAUGCAGGCUCCCUUUGCCCUGCUGGCCGGUGUCGGCAUCCUGCUCAGCAUGCCGAAACUCGGUGCUCGUGAGCUCGGUGGCGGCGCGACGGCGGUCGACAAGCAUGGUCGCGAGCUCACCGUGUGGCAGAAACUGGCCCGCAUUGACUACCUCGGCGCCGCGCUGCUGGCGCUCACCAUCCUCUUGUUCUUGUACGGCCUGUCCGGCACUGUUCAUCCCAAGUAUAUUUUGCUGUCGGGCGUCAGCCUGCUGCUGUUCGUUGCCACUGAGGUCUGGUACGUGCCCCGUGUCACGGGUGGCGACCCCAUUGUCCCAGUCGAGGUGCUCCGGUCGCGCGGCGUCCUGUUCUCCUGCCUCGCACAGCUCGGUGUCAUGUCCGCUCGCUGGACCGUUCUCUACUAUGCGCCCAUCUACGUGUUGGCCGUGCGCGGCUUCUCGGCCGCCACCUCGGGCUCGGCCCUGAUCCCGACCAAUGUCGGAUUCGGCAUUGGCGGCCUUGUUAUUGGGUGGCUGCAUGUGCGCCGCUCCGGCGCCUUCUGGCUGCCCAGCGUCGUGUCCCUCUUCUUGUUUGCCGGCACGCUCGCUGUGGUCGGCCUUCUCAGCCGCGCCGACGCGUCUGGCCUCGGUACCGCCGCCUACGUCUUGGCCCUGUUUGCCAAUGGCUUUUGCACCGGCGCGUACCUCAACUACACCCUGGCCCACGUGCUGCACCUCACGCGGCCCUCGACGCACUUUAUCAUUACGAGCCUGCUCGCCACCUUCCGUGGCUUCGCUGGAAGCUUUGGAACGUCCAUUGGCGGCGGCUUCUUUAUGCGCCGCCUGGCCAUCCAGCUGACCGAUGGCUUCACGCAACUGGACGGCGGCAACCUGAGCAGCGCUCGCCGCACGCUCAUCACGCAGCUGGUCGGCAGCCCUGCGCUCGUGUUUGGCAACGACCGACAGGGCCACGCAGUGCUCAACGACGCGGAGCGUCGGGUGGCCGUAUCGGGCUACGAGUCGGCACUGGGCGAGCUCUACCGCUGGGGUGCCAUCGUAGCUCUGGUGGUCAUUCUUGUCCAGGCUGGCACCGGCUGGACGGCACCGAAGCCCCUGCCAGCUGUUGACGCGGCUGAAGGCAGUGCUGUCUUCAGCGACGAGGACGAAGAAGAGGAGAUCCUCGAGGCGUUUGCAGAGCACGACACUACCAUGGAAGCAUAA